AUGGGCGCUGGUACUAGUAUUGUGAAAAAAAAUAUUCAUUUACCAGAUAAACAAGAUCAUGGAAAAUUAGCUUUUACUUUAUCACAUAUUUUUUCACUAGAGGAAUGUCAGGAAUGGAUUAAAAUGAGUGAAGAAAAAGGUUAUUCAAUUGCUCUUCUUGGCGUUGGUGCUGAACGUCAAAUACUUGCUUCUAAAUAUCGUGAUAGUAGUCGAUAUAUGAUCGAUAGUCCAGAACUGGCUCAGAAGUUAUUUCUAUGUUUGGAACCAUUCUUACCACGUACUUGGAAAAAUGGUCAAUUUGAAUUGAUUGGACUCAAUGAACGAUUACGUUUUCUACGUUAUGAUCCAGGUCAGAAAUUUGUUCCUCAUACAGAUGGCCAAUAUCGACGUCAAGAUGGUUCUGGAGAAGAAAGUUUUCUUACCGUACAACUUUAUCUAAAUGAAAGUUUCCAAGGUGGUGAAACCACUUUUAUCGACAUGGAUAAUCCAAAGAACCGAGUAUCAUUUGCCAUAAAAACAGGUAUGGUACUUAUUUUUGAACAUCGUAUUGUACAUGAAGGAACAGCAGUAAAAGAAGGACGAAAAUAUACUAUGAGAACAGAUGUUAUGUAUCGACCAAUAAAAAACAAUUAA